AUGUUAUGCGCAAUUUGUGUAAAAACUUUCUGUUUGUGUUGUCAGGAGGUUCGGUCCAGCCAUAGGAGGAUAAUGAGUGAAUCUGUGCUUAAACUCAAGGUGAAAAGUUCAGAACUGGGGUCCUGCAUCGAGAAGGCCAGGCCGUACUAUGAGGCACGAAGAGAAGCAAAAGAGGCCCAGCAGGAGACCCAGAAAGCCGCACUCAGCUUUGAGAGAGCCGUGUCCAUGCACUCGGCUGCUCGAGAGAUGGUCCACGUGGCUGAACAGGGCCUCACUGCAGUCAAGACACUGGAUCCAACCUGGCAAGAGAUGUUGAAUCAUGCUACCUCAAAGGUAUGCCGGUCUUCUCUCCAGCAUAUCUUACCAAGUUGUACCAAGCAGUUAAAUGUCUCUGACUUUGAACUUAGUUUUCUUGGACGUUUGAUGUGCAGUUCAAAAUUAUUUUUCUCUCAACAUGGUCAAAACAUGUUUUUGCAGGAGCACAAGUCAAAAAUUUUACUGUUAGAGGAGCAUAUUUCCAAAGCCAAGUUAAACUACUCCAGCACCCUACGCCACCUGGAGCAAAUCAGUGAGGAGAUUCAUGCCCAGAGAGAGCAGGACCAACCAAAAGAUGGACCAAUCAAAACGUGCGGUGGGCGGAGCCCUCCUGUAGGAGCAGAGACAGUCAGCAGCACAGGUACCGAAUGCGGAGCCUGCGGAGGCUACCCGAGACCAAACGAUUGGGUGGAUGGAAAAGAGGGCGUGGCUAAUACCAGAGAGUGGGUGGAGACACAUAAGAACUCCAGGUGGGUGGACAUGGGAAGAGCAGACAUGACACGAUCUGGUUCAGACUCUCUUUCCAUUGUCAGCCUCCAGACCAUCAUCUCUGAUCUCGAAAAGUGUGAUUCGGUCGAACACCUGGGCCGCCUCAGCAGUGACAUCAGUCUCUCAGGGGAAGAAGGGGAGAGAGACGGGCUGGAGAAUGAUAAAAAGCGAGUGAGGCAAAAAAAUGCACAGAUUUCAGAGGAGUUCCUCAAACAACACAUAAGAAGUGUCAGUUUAUGAGUGCGUACUUGAAUAAUGCUCAUGUUUUAUCGAUUUUAAGCUUGUUAGUGUUUGAGACCGAGUAACUCGUCAUUUUUAUUUAUUGUUGAACUUUUAACAGUACUUGAAUAGGAGAAAGACCAAAAGAAAAUUAUAUAUAUAUUUCUUAAAUUUUUUUUUUGAGAGAGAGAGAGAGAGAAGGUUUUUUGCUGUUUGGUAUUUCAAAUCAAGUUGUAAAAGACUGACAAUAUUUGUAAGGGUAGCAACCCUGCAGUUUGAUUAACCUACUCGUAAUUACUACAAUAUAUUUAUUUUUCAUCCUAAUCAGUACCUAAUAUUUUUCUAUGCAAAUGUAAAAAACCCUGUCUUAAUAAACACACUAUUAUUAUAAUCUCUAUAGCUGACAUGAUAAAAUAAGGCCGUUUUGCUUUAUACUUUUCAAAUUUUACUGACCACUGGUGAGCUUUAGUUCGCUUACAGACAUAAUCACACUAUUUGCCAUUAAUCAUUAGCUAAUUUUAAGCUCUAAAAUGCCACUGUUAUUUUUCUUCAUUUAAAAUAUAUUUUAUUUUUACAUUAGUCAGUCCCAUGCUGACUUUGAAAUAGUGGUUUACAAAAAGUGCUUUGUGUCCAAGUGACAAAUACAUGCAUGAGGUUUGCUUUAUGUUAGUCUUGUUUGCAUUAGUGCACUCAGGCCUUUUCAUCAGAAGAAACGUUUAUUCCAACCGAAAUACAGGUUUUGUAUUGUUGGAGAGAUGAAGUGUUGAUUCUCAAUUGCAGGGUUUUUAAAAUACCUGCCGCUGAACAUUUGAUGUUUUGCUGUUUAUGGCAAUCACUUUUCAAAAUUAAUUUUCAUUUCAUGCAUUUUCAGGUGUUUUUGAAUGCUGUUUUCCUCAUUUUUUGAGAGGCUAUGUUCAUUCAGUGUGCUUUAUACAUCUUUGCUAACCCUCAGUGUGAGUAUUGGAUGUUGAUAUUAUUGUCUUUAAUAGUGUUCUGUAUGAAGAUGUGCACAGUGGUGACAUUUGUGACGUCUGAUGGAACAAUAAAUAUGCAUGUAUAAAUUCA